AUGGCGAGCUCACCCCCGGCCUCACCGGGAGGAAUCCAAAGGCCAAUGAGUGCCAUCGCUGCCAGAGCCCAACCAAGAAGCACCAGCAGAUUGAGCAUGUCAAGUAAGGCAGGAGGUGGAAGCAGAGCCUCGGAUGAGGACAGCCGGACGGCUGUCAAAGUCGUCGUUCGAGUGCGGCCACCGUUGAAGCCAGAGGACCCUGGCUAUGAUCUUAUUCCCCAGCGAUUCCAGAAGCCCAUGGUUCAUACGACUUCUGACACCAGCCUUGCUAUCGAUUCACCUCAAGGUCGCAAACUAUUUGUCUUUGACCGGGUUUUUAAUCCUGAUGUGACGCAAGAGGGUAUUUGGGAUUACGUUUCCGACUGUAUCAACUCGUUUAUCCAAGGAUACAACGUAUCUCUGAUGGCUUAUGGACAGUCAGGCGCUGGUAAAUCAUACACUAUGGGAACAUCCGGACCUGGCGAACAAUAUGAUCAAGAAUUAAUGGGUGUUAUUCCCAGAGCCGCAACUGCUCUUUUCGAGAAGCUUGAGGUCGCCCCAAAAUCUACUGCCAAAGCGAAUCGCAGUUCCCUUUCGCAUCUCCGAAGCCCUCGAGGAUACAGUCAACAGAAUGCGCUUGGUGACCGCGAGUGGUCGCUGAAAGCAACAUAUGUCGAAAUUUACAACGAAACACUGCGCGAUCUUCUCGUACCCGAUACAACGCCAUUGAACGAGCGCGUAAAUGUCGCCAUUCGCGAGGAUACCAAAGGUAACAUCAUCCUGACUGGCCUUCGACAAGUUGAGAUCAACUCAGCGGACGAUCUUAUGAAUGCUCUCAACUUUGGAUCCUCUAUUCGCCAGACCGACGCCACUGCUAUUAAUGCCAAGUCAUCGCGAUCCCAUGCGGUCUUUUCGCUCAACCUCGUUCAGCGCAAGAGCAAAGCUGGCUCAGGACAGGCCUCCGACAAGCGGCACUCCAUGCCAGCCGAGGGGCUUUCUGGCCAGGACGUUUCUGUCACGACUGAUAGCAAACUUCACUUUGUUGAUUUGGCUGGAAGCGAAAGGCUCAAGAACACAGGUGCUCAAGGUGAUCGUGCUAAAGAGGGUAUCUCCAUCAACGCUGGACUUGCCGCUCUUGAUUCUCUUGGCGGCAAUGCCAUUACCUACAUGAUUGCUUGUGUUACGCCCGCAGAGUUUCACCUGAGCGAAACGCUAAACACAGUUCAAUAUGCUCAACGUGCUAGAGCGAUUCAGUCCAAGCCGCGCAUUCAGCAAACGGAAGAGGGCGACAGCAAGGCUAUUAUCGACCGUCUCAAAGCUGAGGUCGCUUUCUUACGCGAGCAGAUCCGCAGUGCCGAGAAUGGUGGAAGCCCCCGGCGCAAUGCACCACUAACUAACGAGCGAUCCGAUCGCCAGAACGAGCGUGAGGCGGAACUCCAGAACCAGCUUCUAGAUACCCAAGAAAGCUACACCGCUCUUAGCCAGCGUCACGCACGACUUAUUGCCGAGCUUGCUCGUGCUCGCGAGAACGAAUCAGGUGCAAACCAGCUGGACGAACUUUCAGGUGACACCGCGGAUGACCGUAUCAAUCGAUCAAAUUCUUUUGCGCAAGCGGUCGAACAGGUUGUCAUGGAAUACGAGAAGACUAUCCAAUCUCUCGAACAGUCUCUUUCCAGUACUCGCGGCACAUUGUCAAAUGUCGAAACUAACCUUCUCGAGAAGGAGACAAAAUGUGCGUAUGUCGAAACCAUCAACAAUCAGCUUCAGACCCGUCUGCAGAAGCUUGUUGAUCGCGAGAACAAUACCGAGAACUACCUUCACGAUCUCGAGGCCAAGCUCGAUGGUCAUACCAGCGGCGAAGAGAAGAAUGCAACUAUCAUCAUGGAGCUUCGUAAGGAGAUUUCCCGUGUUCGAGAGAAUGAGGCGUCGUGCGAAGACUAUAUUUCAACUCUGGAGGAACGUCUGGCCGAGGCUGACCAAGAUGCCGAGCUGAUGCAACGCGAGAUCGAUCGACUUGAGCAGGUGGUUGAGCGACAAAGAAGUUUGGGCAAACUCGACUCCCUCCUUUACGAGCUUGACCAAAUCCAAGAUGGCAAGGAGCCUGGACCUGAGAACGGGAUCGAAAAACAUGCCGAAUCGGCCAAUGGUAUUGCGGCUCGUCGUGCUACUGCUGAGCAUUCUCGAAACCUUUCACAUGUCAGCCGCCAUAGCCAAAUGGAAGAUCCUAUCCCUGAAGGCGAUGAGGAACAAGACCACGCUCGCACUAGGAUUGGCACCGUCAAGGAGGUGGACGAAGAUUCUCUACGACUUGAGAAACCCGCAGAACAUGAGCCUCCUCCAAGCCCAGCCCAGUCCAAGUUUGUUGCUGACAAGCUUGAGAAUAUGACACAGGAGCUCUUUGACUUGCGUGUAGAGCACGAGUCGACUCUCAACGACUACGACUCUCUUCACGAUAAAUAUGAGUCAGCUAUGCGCAGGCUUGCCGAGAUGCAGGACGCUAUUGACGAAGCCCGUCACUCACAAGCACAGCGUCAAUCCGUAAUCUCUGUUGCUACACCUACACGUAGCACUCGCCCUGAGUCUUUCUUGUCCGACACGAGGACAAACGAUUUGAAGACCGGACCUCGAUCUUCGUUCACCAGAUCACUUUCCUCAGAGCUUUCAUCUGCGAUGGACUCGCCUGCUACUGCUGCGUCAUCAAACGGCGAUAUGCUUUCUGACGAUGAAACCGCUACCACUAAGCCUGCAGCGGCCUCGACAGAGAAUCUGCCUAAUGACGAGAGCGUCGAGCUUGCUGCUGAACUCGAGCGACUGAAGUUCAUGGCACAGGAGCGCGAAGCUGCUGAGCAAGAACUGGCUGAAAGAUAUGCCCAGCUCGAGUCCAAGCACAACGAGACCCUUGAUAUCGUCGAGGAGCUCAAGACUGACCUAUCUCGGGCCCGUGUCAUGGAAGCCACCUCGCCUCGUUCUAGCACUCCUGUUAUUCGACGCAAGUCAAGCCAGAACCUGCUUGUCGUGGACCGUGCCCAGCGAUCAUUUUCGUCAUUGCGCAACAUUGCUGCUGAGAACUUUGGAACUCACCCCGAGGCUAUGCAAAGCUUUGAGAUCAACCUGAACGCCGCUAUACAUGAACUCCAUGUCAGGAGUGAGCGAAUCCAGGAGCUUGAAGCAGACGUUACGGCCGCCAAGAAGGAGAUGGAAACUAAGAUGACCAUCAUCUCGGGAUUGACAAGAGAACGUUCCAGUCUGAAGGCUAGUCCUGUGGAGAUGACCAUGGUUGCCACACUUCGAGAUCAGCUCGAGCAAAAUGAGAGGCAGCUCACCGAGACCAGAAACGCGCAUAUGGCUCGUGAACAAGCACUCACAACUGAACUUGAGGCUUUGCGCCUAGCACUUGGCACCAAGUCUAGCACUCUAGAGCCUAACAACUUUGACGCCAGGUACGAGCAGCGCGUCGCCGAGCUCCAGACCGAAGUUGCAACUUGGGAGAAGAAGCACAAGGAAGCCCUUGAUUCUAUGGAAAACACCGAGUACCAAAUGCGAGGCACAAUCGGACAGCUCGAGGCCCAGGUGGCAUCGAACCAUGCUCAACUUUCGUCAUCGCGAUCUCAGUCAAAUGACGACAACGAUGAGCCGACCAAGGAGGCUGAACAGCGACAACAAAAUCUCAUCGGCUUUCUGCGCCAUGAGAUUGAUGAGUACAAGGCCAUCAUUAACAGCAACGCCGCCAAGGUUGCCGAACUGGAGCAGGCUCAUGCUGCGGCUCGCGCUGAGUUGGACGAACUCCAUAAGGCCCACGAGGCAGUCAAGCAAGACAACGGUCGCCAACUGCAACUUCUCGCCAAUCUCCAGAAGCAGAUCGCUGCCCAUGAUGAGACUUCGCAGACUAACCAGUCAAGCCUCGAUGAGCUGAAGGUUCAGCACUCUAAGGCACUGGCUGACCUGAAGACCACCGAGCAGAAGGGCUAUGAAGAGCAGGUUGAGGUUUUAUUGUCUGAGCACGCCGAGAGUGCCCUUAGACUGGAGACAGAACUUGCUGAGGCAAGGGAUGAGCUUCACAGCGUGUCUACCCACGUUGCUAGUGCUCUGGGUCUGGAUGCUAAUGUUGACAAGCUGGCAGAGCGCAUCGAUGAGCUCGCAGCUAGCAAAAAGGCUCUUGAUGUUGAGCAAGCUAAGCGAAGCGAAAUUGAGUCAUCAGUCGCUGAGCUUACAAGUAUCAAUGAGCAGAUCAUGAAAGACUUUGAAGAUGCCAAGACUGUUUUGGCCGACAUGCUCGACGGAGGUGCUGCUUCUGGCCCAUUGGUUGAACAGAUCAGACUCGCCAAGAAGAGAAUGACAGAUCUUGACGAUCGAAGCAAGAAGAACAGUCGAUUGGUGGAGGAGCUGGAGGAACAACUCCAGAAUAACUUUGACGAAGUCCAGAUCACUAACAAUCGUCUGAGCACUCUUCAGACAGAGCGUAACAACAGGUUGGAUGAGGCCAAUGCAGCUACUGCACGCCUGACAGCCGAAUUGGAGACUCUGAAGCAGGAUUAUGCAGCUCUUCAGAACAAGAUGGAUGAAGUGGCAGCUGGCAUCCAACGAUCAAACUCCAACUCAACCAUUCGCAAGAGUGCAUCGCAUGUUUCUCUGCCAUCACCCCCACCGGCAAUCCCACUUCCUCCCCUGCCAAACGGUGCUCAAUCUCCCGUCAACGGCGCUCCCGGUUCUCCCACCGCUGGACGUCCAAUGAGCAAAGACAACAUCAACAUCUCUCAAAUCACCGAAGAUCAGGAGGCCCGCAUCCGAACUAUUGAGAAGCACCUCACUGCAGAGCGUCAACUUACUCAGACCCUUGAGGAGGCACUCACCGACUUGGAGAGGCAGACAAAACAAGUUAAGGCUGAUUGUGAUGCCUGGAAGAAGCGUGCUGGUGAGCUAGAAGCAGAGGUUAAGGAGCUCAAGGAUCGCCCACCUCCUGAGCCAGUUCAAGACAAUCGUUGGAGUCUUCAAGCCGUCGAGGAGGAGCGUAAGAAGCGACAGGCGGCCGAAGCUGCUCGACGCCAAUUGGAGGAGCGUAUGAACGCCAUCAACAAGGGCAAGAAGAAGAAGGGAAGCCUGAACUGCUUCUAA